GCCUUAGUCGUGAACUUGCAGAAUAGCUUGUACAUAUUCUCCGGUAAAACAUUACUUUGCAAUAAACGACAACAUAUUUUCCCAUCCUUCAGCAAUUUUCCACCGUUUUCCCUUUCUCGGCAGUCGUCAACCGAAUCGUUGCUAGCUCCCGCUUCGUAUCAAGAUCGCUGAACACCAUUGGAACCCCUACCACCACGGUACCACCCCCGCGAAACCCGUACGUACCCUUACCGUUAUCCAUUCUGGAACCGACAUACCCCCGGUCCCGCAUAUCUCACUGAGGUGACUGACCGACUGACCGACCACGCACUGGGCAGACGCAACCUCUCCUUUUCAACAACAAAUCACCCAUCUUGAAACCGUACCGAACGAAGCACGCAAUAUCCCAUUCUACGUGCUAGAAAGUUCCACACCGAGCUUUCGACAACCAAAAUUUCCCUCGAGAACCACCUCAAAUACCGAUCAAACAUGGACCACGCGCACAUGGAUCACUCAAAGAUGGACCACUCAGCCAUGGACCACGGCGACAUGGGAGGCCACGGAAUGGGAGGCGGCAUGGGCGACCGGUGCAGCAUGAACAUGCUCUUCACCUGGGACACCAAGAACCUCUGCAUCGUCUUCCGCCAAUGGCACGUUCGCUCCACCAGCGGCCUCGUCAUCUCGCUCCUCCUCGUCGUCGCACUCGCCGCUGGCUACGAAGCCCUCCGCGCCGCAUCCCGCCGUUACGAGAACUCCGUGAACAAGCGCGUCGACUCCCUCCCGAGCGUCGCUGGAACCGUUACUGAGACAACCCCCUUCCUAUGGACAGGACGCGAACAGGCAGAGGCCAGCAGGAGCGCACACCUCGUCAAGGCCGCCCUCUACGCCGCCCAGAACUUUUACGCCUUUAUGCUCAUGCUCGUUUUCAUGACAUACAACGGCUGGGUCAUGGUCGCCGUCGCCAUCGGUGCGUUCGUGGGAUACGCCGCAUUCGGCAGCUCAACCUCCUCGACCAAGGACAACGCAUGCCAUUGAUAGGCUCCCUUGAUUCGCACAAGGUCCUAGGUGGCCUCAACAACCAUAGACAUGCUCUGCAUUUUCCCUUGCGCAAUAGCUUCAUUUUCUUGGACAUGAAUGGUGGAAGGGGCGUAUCUUACCACACGGGCGUUGGUCGAUUUCAAUUGGUUUUUGAAAGCAUUAGCUUCCGACUCCCCACAGGCCGAAGACAGGCGGCGGCGGUUGAGUCUGGCAAGAGAAGAGGAUUCCCGAGCAAGUAACUCGAAAUAAACAAUAUGCGAAAGCAAAUA